GCAUUGCCUGUCACCACUCUCAUCUUCCCCUCCAUUGUAAUAGGGUUUUUUUUCCUCUUUGGAUGAUAUUUUCCCCAUUUUACUUCUCUCUUCCUUUUUCUUUCAGUGGAAUCAUUUUUUUUUCACCCCUUGAUUUUUUUGGUACAUCUUCCUAAACAGCUUAUUCCUUCCCCCUCUAUGUGUACUCCUUCUAAAUGGUUCUGUUGAUAAAAAAAAUAUUUAAGUAACAAAUAUCAUCUCUCCAUGUAGGAAUAUAAACAGUUUGUCUUUAUUGAAUUCCUUAAAUUUUCUCCCAUUUGCUUUUUUAUGCUUCUCUUGAGUCUUAUAUUUGGACAUCAAAUUUUCUGUUUAGGUCUGACCUUUUUAUCAGGAAUGCUUGGAAAUCUAUUAUUAAAUGGCCAUUUCCCCCUGAAAGAAUAUACUCAGUGUUGCUGGGUAGGUGAUCCAGGGGUUUGUGUAAAGAUGUUAUGCUAGGAAAAACAGGACCCCAAAUUCUCUGCAAACAUUUCACUAAGCUUAGAAAUGCACCAUUCUAAUAAGUAAUCAUGGGAAAAUUACCUCUAGACUCCCUUGACCAACCUGUGAAUUCACAGAGGGACCCCUGGAGUCCUACCUAGAUACUGGGAUAGACCCGCUGUAGAGGCAGGCCAAAAGCACAGUGAAGGCACACCCCGAAUCUUUGGGCGGUCUCAGUACUUCUUCCUUGAGCUCUGCAGCCCUGAAGAUCUGCCCUGCCUUGGCCUUCUUUGAUGAGGCUACAGUCAACUUUGGGGAGUUCGGGGCACUCCCUACCAAAGCCAGGUAGCUUGAGGCCUUCCCAAACCUGUUGCUCAAUGCCUGAGCAUAACAGCCUUGGGGUAUUCUGGGGAGAACCUCUGAAAACAGAGGCUAAGGCCAGCCUCGGGCCAACAGGGUCCAAACCCAGUCCUAGCCUGGGGGAAAGAGCAGCCAUGGGCCAUUCUAGUUAGGCUCCACCAGGACACCAAUAACCUCCCCUCAUCAAGCUGUAGAAGAAGACCCUGGGCACAAUCCAGCCCAGGCAGUCCCUGAAGGUUAGGGUGGGAACUCAGCCUAGAAGUAGCCGCUGAGCCCAGUGAUAGGUAGGAGCCCUGCGGCAUGGAGAUGUCUCAGAGCCAUAUGGCAAGGGGAAGACUCACCCCUCCCCCAGUACCUGAACAGCCCCAGGGAUCUUGAAGGGGGGGUUCGUCUGACCCACUCCAUUGAGCAUAAGGCAGGCCCUGUUCGCACCAGUCAGUAACAGGUCCAAGUGCAGGCCUCCACAUGAUCAAAGCAAGGAAAACGCCAAGCCCUGUGAGGAAAUACUUCUUGGACUGAGAGGGACCCUGGAGAAAACUGAAGAGGACAGCGACUCCACAAAGCCACAGAAAACCCGUGUUCUGGCUCCUAGGGCUAGAGGACUGUGAGAAAGGAAAUAUCAAGCGGAAAAGCGAAAGAGGAAAUCAUGAGGUUAACAAGUUCCUAGAAGACGUCAUAAAAAACGCCACUGAAGAACUGAGUGCCCUGAACAUUGGAACGGGCUGCAUAGGAAGCAAUGACUCAGCAGUGCAAGAAGCAUCCCAAGGAAACAUUACAAAAGGAAGGAAAAAAUCUGAGAAACCUAAUCUCAGAGGAGCCAGAAUGGAAGACCAAGCAAGACGAAGCAUACGGUCAGGUUCCUGCCUUGUUUUCCCCAAACAGAUCCUCCAAAAUAUCUAGAAAACACACCAGACCAAAUACGGCUCGAGAAAUUCCAGAGGCUUCCAACACGUGUAAGGUUCACCACAAAGGAUAAUCUGUCUGUAAAGCUACCUGAAGAAGGGAAGAGGAUUUCGUAUGUGCGUCUAUCAAUAAAGAUUUACACAGAGUUAAAAGAAAGGGUUGGAGCAAAAUUGAUGAGGCUUCAGAUGAACUGAAGAAAGCAGGCACCGCGGUCAUGAUUUCAGAUAAGGUCAUGGCAGAGAGAGAGAAGACAAAAGUAUCCGUCAAGAAAACGAUAUUAUGCUUCAAGACUUGCCUAAUAACACAGCAUCUCAACCAUAAUAGCAUCCUUAACACACUACUUUCUUAUUCAGACAAAUAGCCAAAAGAAAAAUAAGGAAGAAGCUAAUGAUCUCAAGAGCUUUGGAAAAGUUGUAUCUAAGGGACACAAUGGAUGACUGCUGAGUGGGAAUAGAAAGGAAUAUCUUAUCUAUCUAUUAGCAUCUUUACAAAAAAAGACCCUGUAUUGGAGCCUAACAGUGCUUGCUAUGUGCCAGGCACUGAACAAGCCCUGAGGAUACAGAAAGAGGCAAAGGACUGCCCCAGCCCUCAAGGAUCUUACAGUCCAGUUGGGGAAACACUGUACAAACAACAUAUAAAGCAAAUGAUAUACAAGAUAAACAGGGAAUGACGAACAGAGGGAAGGCGCUGGAAUUAAGAGGGCUUGAGGAGCUGGAGAAGACUUCUCGUGGAAAGUGUGAUUUAAAGAUCAGCAGGGAGGGUAGUAGUUGGAGAAGAGAAGAGAAAACAUUCCAAGCGUGGAAGCCAGCUGGGGAGAAUGCCUGAAGCUGAAAGAUGGGGUGCUUGUGUGUAGAACAGCUAAGAAGCCAGGGACUGGAUCAAAGAAUACAUGUCAGGGAGCAAUACAUAAAAAGCUAGAAAGGUUGGAAGUGGACUUUGAAUGCUAAAGAGAGGGUUGUGUAUUUGCAGAGGUGAAAAGGAGAAAUCUUGACAACGAGGUGGGGGGGCAGUCCCAGGGGUGGGAGAGGGGCUGAGCUAUCUAGGAUGACCCCUAGGUUUCAAGGCUGAGAGACUGAGAGGAGAGGGCUGCCCCCUACAGCAAUGGGGAAGUACAAGGGAGGAGGAGGGAGACAGAAGGUAAUGAGUUCUGCUUUGGACAAUUUAAGAUGGCCACGAAAUAUCUAGUUCAAGCUGCUUGAAAGGCAUUUGAGAUGGAAGACUGAAGGUCAGCAGAGAGUUUGGGGAAGAACAGUUGGAUUUGAGAAUCAUCAGCCUAGAGACAGUAAUUAAAGCCAUGGGAGCUGCUAAGACCACCAAGUGAAGUAGAACAGAGGGAGAUGGGAAGAACCCGAGGCAACUACUGCACUUCCGUUUGCCCAUGUCCUCAAUUGUAAAGUGGGGAUAAUCAUCAUAGCACCUACCUCGUAGGAUUGUGGUAAGAAUCAAAUGAAACAGUCUUUGUUAAAAAGAAAAAAGGCACUUAGAGCAGUACCUGCCAUCGGGUACCAAGCACCAUGCAAAAUGCCAAACACAUCAUUUACUUAUAAAAAUAAAUAAAAUUUAUUCCAUAAGGGGCUUUUAAAGAAUUUAAAAGUAUUUAGGGUUAGGGUUAGAAUCAAGAUGGUGGCUUAGUAGCAGCAAAAGUUGAAACCUGAGAAUCCUUCCAGGCUAAUCUUUAAAAAGCACCCCAAAAUGAUGGGAGUCAAAAACCAACAGCAAAAUGGAGAGAGGGCUCUCUUGUGGAAAACAACUUUCAAAGGUAAGCAGAGAGAGUCGAUUUUCAUGGGAUAAGGAGGAACCAGAAGUAAAAUUGCACACACAGUAGUGCUGGCCAAACACCUCUCACCUACUGUGCCAGGUUCCAAGACUGGGCAUAGGCCAACUUUGGGAUCUCAGGGCCCUGCCUACACCAUCCACAGGGUACCCCAUGGCUAUCCUUUGAAGUCCGAAGCCCUGGCACCAGUUUGAAGUGAGGCCUGAAAGUCCAUAGCACUUGGCCCUUUCAAGCCUGCUCUGUGGUGAAGACCUAACCCAGGACAAAAAUCCUCUGAGUGCUGUCCUGCAAGCCAUCGGGAGAGGAAACAGAAUCAGCAGCUUUCAGAACUCCCAAUCCCCCCCCCCCCAAAAAAAAAAGGCUGGGAAAAUGAGCAAACAGCAAAAGAAACACUUAAUCAUAGAAAAUUUCUAUGGAGGCAAAGAGCAAGGCACAGACGGAUUCAGUAGUGUGUGGUGAGAUCCAGGCAAUCACAUGUGAAACUUCAAAGAAAAAUGGAAUUGGUUUCAGGCACUGGAAGAACUCAAAAAGGAAUUAAAAAAUCAAAUGAAAGAUGAAAGAAAAAUAGGAAAAAGAAAUUAAAAUAAUGCAAAAAAAAUAAAAGAACAUCUUAAUAAACAAAAUUGGUCAACUAGAAAAAGAGGCACAAAAAAGUAAUUAGAGACUGACAUAAUUUUAGAGGACUGGUGGAUCAAAGAAUAAAUUAGAGAAACAUUAGGAAAUUUAAUCAAAGAAAAUGACAAUGAAACAACUUAUCAACAGGAGAAUUUACAUUGUGAAACAAUUCCUCAACCAAAGAGAAAAAGAAUAAUUUCAGUUUAAAAAAAAUUGACAAACAACAAAUCAGAAAUCUCCAACAAAAUGACAAAGUAGAAAUUUGAAAGUAAAAUAAGGGAUGAAUAAAAUUGAAGGAAAAGACCACUGAAAUGAUAUAUAGAGCAAGGAACUACUUUUAAAAAUUAAUAAAAUAGCUAACCUGGCUAAAAAAGACAUAAAUGGAAAUCAAAUUAUUCAUAUGAAGAUGGAAAAAGAACUUCAAUAAUUCAUACCUAUAAAAACAAGGGCCAAAUGAUAAAUGGUCCAAUGAGAAUUGCAAAGGAAAAAACAAGGCUAUCAGUAAUUAUAUAAAAAUGCUCUAAAUCACUAAUAAUUGGAGAAAUGCAACUAUAAUUUGAAAAAAACUCUGGGGGUCCACCUCACACUUAUAAGACUUAUAAAUAUAAUAAAGGAGAAAAUGAUAAAUUUUGGCGAGGCUGUAGGGAAACAAGUACACUGGUGCUUUGUUUUUGGAGCAGUGAAUUGAUCUAGUCAUUCUGAAAGCAGUUUGGAAUUAUUCCCAGAAAUGUACCAAACUCUGCGUGCAUUCUGACCCAGUUAUGCUACUACUAGAUCUGCACCACCAAAGGAAUCCAAGAAAGAUGAAAAGCGUCUCUCUUUACAAAAAUAUUUACAAUAGCUCUUUUUAUAAUAGCCCAAACUGUGUAUGUGGUAUGUGUGGUGGAGGGAACAUCCUCCCAAAUGGCCAAAUUGUGGUCUAUGAAUGUAACAGAAUGUUAUUGUGCCAUGAGAAAUCUUGGAAUGGACAAUUUCAAACCUAGGGCAGCCUUCAUGAACUGAUGGAAGAAUGAAGUGGGCACAACCAGGAGAAAAAUGUGUAGAAUCCCAACAACAUUCCAGAAGAAGAAGCUUUGAAAGACUUAAGAAGGGGAGGAGCUUGAUGACAGUGAAAGAAGCAGGAGAGCGAAGUCCCUACUAUACAUUUCUUCAGAAAUGUUCUAGAGCAUGUACCAGAUUGAAUCUUGACGGGAAAUCCAGAAAAAAGUUCUGAUAGUCCUAGUCCUGUGUCCAGACCAGUUCUUGCCUGUGUUUGGUCAGGAAGACCCAAGUGACUUACACUAUCCGUGGUUAUUUUAAAUGGAAUUUCUUUUCUGUUAAAUUUUGUUGGCAUUAUACCGAAAUGCUGAUGGUUUCUACAUACCGAAACUUAAACAUAUGCAUUUUCAGUGAUCCUAAGAUAAUCUAAGCCAGGAUCCGCUCACUGACACGACAUGAAAGAAUAAAAAUUCAAGUGACUCCAACAGCAGCGGAAAGCAUCGGGCCAUAGCACUGUUUGCUCAAGAGAAGUGAAGUCAGAAACAGGCAUACCUGGAAAAGAAAGGAGCUUUGUCCUGCAGUGAGAGGGUAACAGAGUGGACAGCCAGGGAGUCGCACUGCUGUCCACACAAGACCAAAGACCCCAAGAGAAGACUUCCGGUGCAUGAAACGGAUGGAAGAUGUGGCAGAAGUCCCACCGGAUACACUGCACUCUGCCAAAGUGCGUGGCGUGCCUGCGGGCCUCAUUCCCUGUCCUUUCCCUUCACCUAUCCAGUCAGGAGUGAAAAGUUGCCAUUUCUACUUCCCAGGUCUCUCCAGUUUGACCCCUUCUUUUUACUCACACCACUACAACCUUGGCUGAGGUUCUUCCCCUCGCCUGGAUCAUUCCAGUUGCUUCCUGAUGAUCUCCCAGCUUCAUCUCUUCUACUCAAAUCCGUCUCACACGUGUCUGCCCAAGUGGCAUCCCUUAAACAAGCAAGCACAGAUCUGACCAGGUCACUUCCCUCCCGAGUGAAGGCUUUCAUAGCAUGGCCCCAACCUAGCUUUCCAGUUUCAAUGGACGUCACCCCACCUGUCACAGUCUGUGAUGCGGCCAAAGUAGCCUUUUCUCUGUCCUGGGCCAGGCUUUCCUUUUUAGGAUGAUUUCUGUCUUUUUUUAUUCUCAAAACCUAGCAAAAUAGGUUUGACAGAAAACAUAAUUCAUCCGUGCUUGUUGAAUGAGAACACAAGAAUACGCUCGAUUCGUAACUUUUAGAACGGAUUCUUUUCUGGCUUCUUGCUUUAACCUGUGGAAGGAAACCUGACCCAUUGCUGCUUUUGCUUUCGAGAGUCCCAGUCAGUGGAGGGUAGCAGAGGAAGAUGUUAGAAACUGCGAUGGGAGAUCUACGCUCUGACUGUUCUUUAUUAUUUGUUGGUUGGGCGGUCUUCCUCGUCGGAUCUCCUUUGGUUGGGCACGUGCCGUAGUGGAUGGAGCGCUGGACUUGUGCUAGAAAUCAUGGGCUUGAUCCUCCCUCCUAUCAUUACUGGCUGUGGGCUCACGCGCCCAUUGCUUCAUCUCGGGGCUGUUCCCCAACCUAUAAAGUGCAGAUAAGAGUAGCUACCUCGCAGCAGCCUUGUUGUAAAGAUAAGAUAAAAGGACGCAUUUAUAGAGGUUUUAAGGUAACUAUCAACGCCUAUGUAAAUAUUAGAUAAUGUCAUUAGACCUAAAGGAGAUAAAGGCUUACAAGCACAUGUGUGGAUAAGUCUCAGCUGGGUCUUUAAAGUAUCACUCAAGAAACAUCAAUUCAUAAGGGCCGGCUAUGUGCCUGGCACCGUCCCAAGCACUGGGGGAAUAAGAAAGGCAAAAAACCCCAAAACCAGCUUCUGCUCAUGCAAAACACACGCGCACGCACACACACACAUACGCACACACACUCACACAUACACACACAUACCAAAGUAACUAUAAACAAACAAAAUACAUUCAGGAAAAAUCCAAGUCCAACUCAGAGGGCAGUUACUAGCAUUAAGCAGGACCAAGGAAACGUUUCUUGUAGAAUGCAGGCUUGUAAGUGAUAUUUGAGGGAAGCCAGGAGCCAGGGGUGAGGAAGGAGAGCAUUGCAGUUAGUGGCAAUGCCUGGAGUCGGGAAAUGAGAGGGAAUAGCGAGGAGGUCAGUGUACUGUGCGCUGAGUCCAUAGAGUGGAAAAGAGAGAAAAAGCAUGAACUGAAAGGCUGUAACAGGGCCAUCGAGUUCUAUAGGUGGUCCCAGAAGCAACAGGCAAUCACUGAAGUUAUUGAAUGGGACGGGGAUGUGAUGGACAGCUGAGUGGAGGAUGGCCAGAGGAGGAGAGACGGGAGGCAGGGAGACCAACAGAAGAUGACUGCAGUAUUUCAGAAGGAAGCGGAUGAGGGAUUGCACCAGGCUCUUGGCAGCGUCAGAUGAGAGUGGGGCACAGAGAAGAGCUGCUGUGCAAGUGGCAAUAGGAAGAGUUGGCAGCAGGCUGCAGGGUCGAGGAGAGCACCUCAUGGGGAGUCUGGGUGAGGAAGAGGAUGGGGGUGCUUGUGAAAGAAGUCCAACAGGCCACUGCAGAGGUCAGACAGAAGGCCAGGAAAAGGCCCGGGCUUCAUAAACAGAUUUCACUAUCCUCAGUGUAGAGAUGACAAUUGAAUCCCUGCGAACUGAGGAGAUGAAAUAGCGUGAAAGGAGAGGACAAGAGGGCCCAGAACAGAGUCCUCUGGGAUGACUAUGGUUAGCAGACAGGAUUGAUGAUUUGGGGUUGAGUCCUCCCUGGACUCCCUAGGAGCCAAGGAGACUAUGGAGUAGUCCCAAGAUAGGAGGAGAACCUAGAGAGAAGUAUCAUAGCAACCCAGAGAGCACUGUCAGGGAGAAAAAGUGAUCGACUGGGAGAGGCUCCGGAGAGGUCUUUGGAAGCUUAAGGAAGCGCUCAUUAGAUCUGAUCAUGAUUACAUCGUUAACAAUCUUGGAGAGUCUGUUUCAGCUGAAUAACGAGGGCAGAAGUGACACUACAUGUCGGGAGUUGAGAAGAGUCAGAGGAAUUGAGUUUGAAACAUGCUCCAUUGAAGGUGUCGAUACAGUCCUGGGCUGACAGUCAGGAAAAGCUCAACUCCAGUCUGGCAGCAGACACUUACUAGUCUUGUGAAUACGGGCACAUUACCUGAUCUCUAGAGGACUGUCUGAGUUUCUUCAGCUAUAAAAUGGGGAUAAUGACAGCACCCGACUCCCAGGGUUCUUGUGAGAAUUCAGUGAAUGGGUAUUUGUAAAGCAUUUAGCACUGGGUCUGGCAUGGAGUAAGUGGCUGGUAAAUUCCCGUCUCUCCCCUUUUGAAGAAUAAACUCUGGAGGUCAAGAGAGAAAUUAGGCCUGGAUAAAUAGAUCCGAAAAUCAUCCGUAUAGAGACGAUGAUCAAAUCCAUAGAAGCUGAUGAUACCAUCAAGAGCAAUAGGAAGAGGCUAACAAGGAGAUCAAGAUCAAGAACGAUGAGGGUAGUGAAAAGGCCAAUUAGAUAUCAUAACUGAGAUCACUGUUAACUUUGAAGAAAGGCCUCACUGCUAGAAAAUGGGAUUUGAAACUGGACUCCGACUAUAGAGCCGAUCACUCUUUCCAGUAAGCCAAGAUGUAUCCGUUUCAUAUUUCUGCUUCACUUCAGAAUAAAAUCCAAUUGAAACACCAUAUGGCCCUGUCAAUAAAGCCUUGUGGCAGUAUAUGCCAUGAAUAACCAAAUAUACAUAAUGUCACUGUAUUGAGUUCUGGGUAAUUAUAUGAGAAGUAAAGUCGUAUGUUUAGAAAACAAGUAUUUGUAGUUGUGAGACUCCCUUUAAAAAGGCAUCAUUUUUAGGGCAAGGAUUGACUUUGUAACUAUAGGGAGAGCCAAUAACUGCAAAACAGCUAAGAAGUGUAUUGCUUUUCUGAAGGCCCGUGGAGAGAUGAAUUGUGCGCAUGUGCGCACAUGCACACACACACACACACACACACACACACACACACUUUUUCCAUCAAAAAGAAAAGAUGGUGGUUAUGUGUCUAUGUACUUUCUAACCCCAGUUGAGCACAGCCAUGGACUUUGAACUCCACACCACUUCGAUUACUGUUCAAACAGGAAGACUCUUUUUUAACAGGAUACUUAAGAGCUAUUUUUUAUACUUAUGUUCUGUAGCCUCCUACUAUAUUGGGACUGGAAGGAAGAAUGAGGUCAACUAUAUUUUAAGUGUGUGUUUGAGAGAGUGGGAGUAAUAUCUAUUGAGACAAGCAUUACUGUCCUUAUUUGACACAAAGAAUAAUUUAAAAAUAAAGUUCUUGGGAAAGAAUCCUUAUUUUCUGAGGGGAGGCCCAUCAGCAAGUUAUGGUAUAUGAAUGUGAUGGAAUACUAUUGUGUUAGAAGGAAUGUUGAAGGGAAUGCUUUCAGAAAACAUGGGAAGCCCAUAGGAAUGGAUGCAAAACAAAGGGAAUAGAACUAGGAGAAUAAUGUACCUGGUGACAGCAAUAUUGUAAAGGUAACUUCCUAAGACUUAGAAAUUCUGAUCAACACAAUGAUCAACAACAAUUCGAAAUGAUAAAACAUGUUGAAUACCUCCAGAUAGAAAAUUGGCAGACUCGGAAUGCAGAUCAAAAGCUGAUUUUUUUCUUUCUCUUUCUUUUUUAUUUUGAACAUGGUUCACAUGGGAAUUCAUUUUGCAUGACUAUACACAUUUGCAAUGGAUUUUAUUAUUCCUAUCUUCUUAAUCCGUGGGGAAAGGGGAGGGAGAAAGAUGAUUUUGAAUUUGUGGGGAAAAAAAAAAGUGUGGGCUAUAAUUAUUAUUUUUACAAAAUGAAAAUGCUACCCUGUUCCCAAAAGAGAAAAGAAUCCAUUAAAACAUGAAAGUACAUACAAACCUCAAAAACCAAGCACAGUAAACUAAUUUUCUACCAUAGAUGCAAUAAAUGUAUAUCCUUAACACUGACUUUUGAUUUUUUUUGAGUUUUAAUGAAUAAACUACUCCAGGGACUAUUUUGAUUAUGAAGCACCAAUCAGAUUCUCAUAUCUUAGUGUAUUUUUUGUUGCUUUGUAAGAUCUCCCUUUAAAAACAUCUCUGUACUAGAUUUAGAAACCAGUAAUUUCUUUUAAUUCUAUUAUUCCUGUUAUCUGAACAAUUGUCCUCUAAAUAUUUGAAUUGAACUUAAUUGUUUAUAUUUUUUAAACCAGGAUUCUCAGUUAGUUUCUUUUUUACCUAAUGUAGUGUAAGAGCUUUUAAGGGUACUUAUUUUGCUUAUAGCCUGGAUGUGGUGGUCACCCCUCUUAAGUGCUAUUGAUCUGUUUGUUUAUUAAUUCUCAUGCUCCCUUCUAAGGCAAUGAAAGUAUCAGGAGAAUACUUUCUUCUGAUUUCUAAAGGAAAUAACAUCGAGGAAAGGAUGCAGAAAAGAUGAGGCUCCCUCUUCUCUCUUCUUCAUCUUUUAUUGCUCAAGUGUCUUUUGCCAACUAUCUCCUCUUUCAUGCCAUCUGACAUGGAGAAGGGGACUGUCCUCUUUGACAAAACAUUCUUCCUAAGUAAUCUCUCUCAAGCACAGGUCUGACCACGUCACUGCCCUAUUCAAUAAACUCUAGUGGCUCUACUUCAAAGUCAAAUACCAAAUGCUCCUUUUGACUGUUAAAGCCCGUAGUGAAUUUGACCCCUUGCAACCUUGUGUGCAUCUCCAUAUAUAUCCUUAGUUUUCACUUACAAAAGAGUGUCUUUCUGCUUUCCGUUGAGAUGUGGAGAAGGGAGUUUCAGAGAAAAGAAGAAAUUAGUUCAUUCCUGUUAUUUGAUAUAUUUUUACUUUAAAUGUUUUCCAAUUAAAUGUAAAAAUAAUUUUUAAUAUUUGAGUUUUUCUCUCUUGAAGUAAUGCUUGCUUUUUCCCAAUUCAUGCAAAAAUAAUUUUUGGUAUUCAUUUUCUAACAUUUUGAAUUCCAAAUCUCCUUCCCUCUGUCCCCUCUCCUUUCCCUGAGACAGUAAGCCAUUUGAUAUUGGUUAUACAUGUGCAGGACAUAGUUCUAUAUUUGUCAUGUUGUGGAAUAGGAUACAUUUAUUUAAAUUUACGAAAUAAAAUGAAAAAUUGUAUGCUUCAAUUUACAUUCAAACUCCCUUACAGUUUUUUCUCUGGAGGUGGAUAGAAUAUUUUGUCUUGAGUUCUUUGAGAUUGUCUUGCCUCCUAACAUACUUUUUAAAAAUUUUGAGUUCCAAAUUCUCUCUCCUCCUUCAGCGACAGAGUGAGCCAUUUUAUAUAGGUUAUACAUGUGUAGUCAUGCAAAACAUAUUUCCAUAUUAGUCAUAUGAAGACAAAAAAAAUCUUAGGAAAAAAAUGCUUUCGUGUGCAGUAAGACUCUACGUAGACAGCAAUUUUCAUCUCAAGUCCUUCAGAAUUGCCUUGGAUCCAUUUUGUCGAGAAUAGCUACAUCACUCAUAGCUAAUCAUUGUACAAUAUCUGUCACUGUGUACGGUGUUCUUUUGGUUCUGCUCAUUUCACUUUUGCAUCCGUUCAUAAAGUCUUCCCAGGUUGUUGUGAAAGCAGCCUGCUUGGCAGUUCUUAUGGCACAUCGGUAUUCUGUUGCAAUCAUGUGUCACAGCUUCUUCCGUCAUUCCCCAAUGGAUGGGCAUCCCUCCAAUUUCUAAUUCUUUGCCACCACAAAAAGAGUUGCGAUAUUUUUGUGCACGUGUGUGUGUCCUUUUCCUUUAAAAAAAUCUCUUUGGGAUACAGACCUUGUGAUAACAUUGCUGGGCCCAAGAGUAUGCACAGUGUAAUAGCCCUUUUUGGGCACAGUUCUGACUUGCUCUCCAGAAUGAUUAGAUCAGUUCACAGCUCUACCAAUGAGUGUCCCAAUUUCCCCACAUCUCCAACACGUCAUUUCCUGUCAUAUUAGCCAAUCUAAUAGGUGUGAGUUGGCACUCCAGCGUGAUUUUAACUUGCAUUUCUCUAUUUAGAGCAUUAAAAAAAAUACAACUAUAGUUUUGAUUUCUUCUGGACUGUUCCUCUUUUGACCAUUUAUCAAAUGACUUGUAUUCUUAUAAUUGUGUGUAAUAGACACGGGGCCUUUAUCAGAGGCUGUGAGCUCCCUAAACCCACCCUUGCCUUUUGCUUUCCCCCUAAUCUUAGCGACACUGGUUUUGUGUAAAGCCUUUUCAAUUUAAUGUAAUAAGUUAUGCAUGUUGCAUCCUCUGGUGCUUUUUUAUCUUGUUUGCUUAUAAAUUGUUCCCUUAUCGCUAGACCUGCUGGGUAAACUACUGCAUCCUGUCUUCCCUUACAUUUCUUAUGGAUCACUCAUGUCUAAAUCAUUUUGACCGGAUCUUGGUGUAGACGUGAGCUGUUGGUCUAUACCUACUUCUGCCAAACUGCUUUUUGGUUUCCCCAGCAGUUUUUAAGCUGCUUCCCAGGUUUCAAAGGAGUUUUUGUCAGUGAGUUCUUGUCCCCAAGGCUGGCUCUUUGGGCUUACCAAUCCUUGGAUGGCUGGUCAUUUGUUAGCAGCUAGUAGGUGCCCAAUCAAUUUCACUGAGGCUCCGCCCUCUUUUAUUACAAUUUGGUAACAGUUUGAGAUCUGGUAGGGCGGGGCCACCUUCCCUCACUGCUGUUCAUCGGGAAGCAUCUUUGAGAUGAAUGACGGUGGCAGCUUGUAUGGCUCCAAAUUUUAAAUAUGUCGGUUCCGUUUCUCAGUUACACACACACACACACACACACACACACAGUCUUUUCGUAAACACUUCGGACCCCCUUUUCUAGAUUUCUGGCCCCAGACACCUCCCCUUCCCCCCCAAAUCCAAAACAAAAACCCUUUGGGGAGGAGCCCCGACUCGGUACUCGGCUGUUUCCAUGGGCAUUUUCAUGCUGAUGAUUCCCUCGCGUUGCCCAUCUCCCUCUCCUUCCCUCCCACCCCAACCCAAAGGCCGGGGUCCACCUGUAUGGGGUGGCUUCCGGCCCUCCCCUAGUUGGGGAUCUCUACAGGGCCAGGCUGUUACCGGACUGGGGCCUCAGAGCCGUCCACAUCCCCAUUUCGGGAGGGAGCGGUGAGGGGCACCAUGGGCAGCCGGGCAGACCUUCACUCCUAGCCCAGCCGCUUCCCCCAGACCCAGGGCUUCCGAAACACCGCCGCCACUCUGGCCUAGUUCUUGAUGCCGGUAGAGCCUCUUUUCCUUUGGGUCAGCCUAAGAAUGAACGCAAGACCCCAGGCACGUAUCCGCCUCCCUCCCACCCAAAGAAGGAAGCCAAGGCCCGGGCCCGCGGCCCGGAAAACCGGAUUAGUAGGUGCAGGAGAGUCCUGGAGACACUACGCUUUCCCCACCCGAAAUCCGGAAAAAAGGAGCCUCGGGCUCACCGCGCAGCCGCGACUGGAGCCUGCAGCGGGAGGCGCGAGGAGCCAACCUGCUUCCUGGCCGGAGGGGGCAGCCCCGCCCCUUCCCCAGCGCGCCUGCGGGGCCAGACCUCUCCCUCGACCCCUGGCUUCUAUUUGGUACUUCGCUGGCGGAGGUGCCGGCCAGCCUUUGCUCUGCCAGAGGACCACGCGCGAAAGCAUGCUAGGGCGGGAACCCGAGUCUCUAAGCUCUGCUUCGCGAACGAGCGGUCUUUUUUUCUGGUCCUGAUCCGGGUCCAGCACAGCCAUCCGGGCGCAGGACACCUGGCCAGGGUGGGAAUCCUCCACCUGCAGCCUCCUUCGAACCACCUUCCCAGGGGCUACCGCUGCCGCCCCGGAAGGGCCGCCCCUCCCCCACGCUGGGAGCACUGGGGCUUCCGUAGGGCGGGUUUUUAAGGGCGGUUUCCGGGAAGGAGAAGGCACCUGCCGCUCCAGCAGCGCGUCUUCAGUACCCGCGCUGAUACUCCGGGUGUUAGCCCCCUUGCAAAGCAUUGCCACAGUCAACCAUUGACUACUGUUGACUAAGAAAAGUUCCCGGGGCCGAGCUUUAAGCCUUCCAACGGCUUCUCUAGAUUCUACUAAUUACAAACUAGGAAGAAUUAUAUCCCUAUAUCUGGAAGGUAACAUCGAAUUAUUUGAAAACAUUUGAUCAUUAGAUAUGUCUGGAUCUGAAAAGGGCACAUUGCGGUCCUGGACUAUUACAGUUGUUUUCUCUCAGGACGGGGCAGAAGAAUGUUCUCCAAAGACAACAUAACCCUGAAGCAGUCCCCCGGGGGUGGAGCGCCUCUUCAUCUGGCCAGCUGGAAAAUGAGCGUUUCUUCAGGGAAAUAGACGCCUCCGCUUGUGAGCGGACUUGCAGUUCCUUGUGAUCGCAUUCAACAGUAUCCCCGAAUACCCAGUAAGGUGGAGAGCUGCGCUGGCUGCCCAUGAACUUCUGCUCCUGCGGCCGCUCCGCAGCCACCACCCUGCGGAGAUGCCCAACAUGGCUCUAGACGGACUCUUCGUCGCCUUGCUUUUGUCAUUUGGGACAACCGUUGCUUUGGAUCCAAUACCGAGAAUCACGUGGGAGCCGAGAGACGUGCAUCUGGUGCGUUUCCAGGAGCCGGGAGUCUCCAACUACUCAGCUUUGCUGCUAGGCAGCGGGGACGACACCCUCUACAUAGGGGCCAGAGAAGCGAUUUUUGCUGUGAAUUCCCUGAACAUCGCCGACAAGCAGCACGAGGUACGCUGGAGAGUCACUGAAGAUAAGAAAGCCAAAUGCGCUGAGAAGGGCAAAUCUAAGGAGACAGAGUGCCUCAACUAUAUCCGAGUCCUGCAGUUUCUCAAUAGUACUGUGCUGUAUGUGUGCGGCACUAAUGCAUUUCAGCCAACGUGUGAUCAUCUGCUUUUAAAAACAUUUGAACUUGUUGGUAAAAAUGAAGAUGGCAAAGGCAGGUGUCCAUUUGAUCCAGCACAAAGCUACACAUCUGUUAUGGUUGAUGGGGAGCUUUACUCUGGAACAUCAUACAAUUUCCUGGGAAGUGAACCUAUCAUUUCUCGAAAUUCUCCUCAAAGUCCCUUGAGAACAGAAUAUGCAAUACCUUGGCUGAAUGAACCUAGUUUUGUUUAUGCUGAUGUGAUCAGAAAAAAUCCUAAUGGCACAGAUGGAGAAGAUGACAAAAUCUACUUCUUUUUCACGGAAGUAUCUGUGGAAUAUGAAUUUUUUGGAAAAUCGAUGAUUCCCAGGAUAGCUAGAGUAUGCAAGGGGGACCAAGGAGGCCUGCGGACUUUGCAGAAGAAAUGGACGUCUUUCCUGAAAGCCAGAUUGGCGUGUUCCCUCCUGGAGAACAACUCUCUGUUCAAUGUGAUCAAUGACGUCUUCAUCCUCCGGGCCCCCGACCUGAAGGAGCCUGUAUUUUAUGCGGUUUUCACCCCCCAGUGGAAUAACGUCGGGCUGUCGGCGGUGUGUGCCUACAACAUGUCUCUUGUGGAAGACGUCUUCUCCAAAGGGAAGUACAUGCAGAGCGCCACCGUGGAGCAGUCCCAUACCAAGUGGGUCCGCUACAGCGGAGAGGUUCCCAAGCCUCGUCCAGGCGCGUGCAUCAACAAUGAAGCAAAAGCAGCCAACUACAGUAGUUCUUUGAACUUGCCAGACAAAACACUCCAGUUCGUGAAAGAUCACCCUUUGAUGGACGAUUCUGUGGUUCCCAUAUUAAACAGACCAAGGCUAAUCAAACGAGAUGUAAAUUAUACACAGAUUGUGGUUGACAGGAUCCAGGCGCUUGACAAGACGGUCUAUGAUGUCAUGUUCAUCAGUACAGACAGGGGAGCCCUGCACAAGGCCGUGAGUGCCGACAGCGGGAUGCACAUCAUCGAGGAGACGCAGCUGUUCCCAGGCUCGGAGCCCGUGCAGACGCUUCUGCUCUCUGCUGAGCCGGGCAAGAAGUACAUCUAUGCUGGCUCCAACGCCGGCGUGGUUCAGGCUCCCGUGGCCUUCUGCGAGAAGCACCGCACGUGUGUAGACUGUGUACUGGCCAGGGAUCCGUACUGUGCGUGGAGCCCCCGGAAGGCCUCGUGCGUGGACAUCUUCAAAGAACGCGGCAGCAUCAGCAGUCUGAUUCAGAAAAUGAGCGGCGACGCCUCCUCCUGUACUGGUACAGAUGACCAGGGGAGAGAAAACACUCUGCGGCAUUUCUUCAAGCACGGUGGCACGGCCGAGCUCAAGUGUUCCCAGAAGUCCAACCUGGCUCGUGUGGUCUGGAAGUUCCAGAACAGCGUGCUCGAGGUGCAGAGCCCCAAGUACCGCCUGCUGGGGAAGGCCCUGCUCAUCUUCAACCUGUCGGAAGGGGACAGUGGCGUGUACCAGUGCCUGUCUGAAGAAAGGAAUUUCUCGCAGUUGGUGGCGAAGCACGUGCUGGAGGUGAAAAGGGUCCCCCACAGCACUCCCGUGAGCCCUGCUCUGACCGCGGCGCAUGCAGAAGGUAAAGGGGCUGCCCCCAGAAGGCCCGCCAUGACCCCGCCAGGGCCCGCCGCUCACACCUCAGCCAUGUCAGUUCUGUGGGUCACAACGCCAGGUAGAGUGACGCAGCCUUCCGGGCCCGCCUCAACAAGCCCAGCUUCUGAGCCAAAAAUCAUCCUCCAGGCGGUACCGGAAGUUCACUCGGAGAAGAGCCUGUACCUCAAGGCGAACGACAACCACUUCUUGAUGUUUCUCUUCCUGCUCUUUUUUGUCCUGUUUCUUUGUCUCUUCUCCUAUAACUGCUACAUGGGCUACCUCCCAGCUCACUGCUUGAAAUUCCGUUCAUUCGUGUUACUGGGCAGGAAAAAAACAAAAUCGGAUUUUUCUGACUGUGAGCCGAGCGUGAAAGAAACUUUGGUGGAGCAGGGGAGCUUUUCCCACCCAAACGGAGAGCAGCCAAAAUUGGCCUUAGACACGGGCUACGAGACGGAGCAGGACACUCUGACGAGCAAGAUGCAGACGGACAGAGAGGAUUCCCAGAAGAUCGAUGAGCUUCCUAUCAAAGACAAGCCCUUCGACGUCAAGUGUGAGCUGAAAUAUGCCGACUCUGAUGCCGAUGGCGACUGAAGGAGACUCUUCUGUCUGUAAGGAAGGUCGCCAUGGUUUCUCAUGGUGUACAAGUCUUUGGGUUGGGACACUUCCUGGUCAGAGGGCUCUCCACCAGAAACAGGGAUCCAGUUUCAUCUGAAACCCAAUGCCUAGGGCACACGGCCUAUUCUUCAGAAAACUAUACUUUUUCAUUCCAUUUCUAUUUGAUUAGGCAUCUCCCAUCUCUCUCUCUCUCCUCCCCUGCAUCUUCUUCCUCCUUCCAACCUUUCUUUAUCUUUCUAUUCCUUUUUAGUAAAAUGAUCAUCAAGUUGCCAUUUCUGGGUUCUUAAAUGUCUUGGAGAGCUGUAGACUGUGUUACUGAAUUAUUUCAAGAUUUUCCUAUCAAGGGGAAAGAAACAAAAAGAAUGACUUCACUUCAGUCUACAUGAGAAGAGAUUUACCUUCAGCUUCCACUCAUUGUAGCAGCCUUUUAAAAAGAAAUCAUUUAAUUCCAGAUUGGAAAUGAAAUUUUAGUUUAUCAGAUUGGUAAAUUAUAGGUUGUUGUCCAGUUUGGGACUUAACUUUGCUUUCGUUGAAUUGUAUUCCUUAUGUUUUAGUUUUAUUUGUUAGGUCGUUUUAAAUGAAUUAAAUAGUGUUUUCAUUUAGUACUUUCGUUCUCUCAUUUGAUCCUCAUUACAAUAUUAUCUCUAUUUUACAGAUGAGGAAAUGGAGGCUCAGAGAGAUAAAAUAACUUGACAAGAGUCACACAGGUAGUAAUUUAAAUUUUAGAAGCUGCUGAAUCUCCUGGAUUUUAUUGUAGAUGAGAUCUGGGGUCAAAUCUGGUUUGGUUUGCAGAAGAGUCUCAGGGAAACUUGCUUAUUACUAAAAAUGCUUUAUUUUAUUUUAUUUUCAUUUUGCUUUUAGACAUUUGGGCACAGAAAGCCUCAAGUAAAAAUAGCGUUGUCUUUCUUUUGAUGAGGAGAACAUGGUUUUAAAGAAAGGUUUUCCUUCUUCAUUAAACAAUGUUUUUUCAACAAAGAGAAACGAACAUUAACGAAGACUGUCAUGUUUGUGGGUUUUAAGCAAGAAUGAAAGGAAUGUUCCAGACCAGCCCUAGUUCCCAAGUUUUACUAACAGAUUAGGGACUACUAGCACUGUGGAAGUGAUGCAGAAGGACUGAUGCUAAGCUCCUGAAUCAGAUGACUAAGACUUUCUACCCAGACACAAUGGAGCAAAAAAGAAAAGUAUCUUCUUUUUAGUGGAAAAGUCUCUUUUUACUUAAAUCGUACCCAUCCUGGAUUUUUUUUAAUGACUCGUCAAUACCUUCUCUACCUGGAAACGUUGAGAAUUGACCAAUGAACUGACUGGCUGAACGGCCCCACCAUACCUGUGAACAGAACCUUCAAUUCAUUCCAAAAUUGUUUCACCCCAGCUCUUUCUACAGGUUUUCUGGUUCAAUCGGGUUUUCAUCCUUAUUUGCUUGACACUUUCUCCUUUUUGUAAAUACCUUUCAAAAAUGGGCUUUUUUCAUAGCAAGGAGCUCUGUGUGUGCACGUGUGUGCACAUCUGAAUUCACUUUCCAAUUUAAUAUGAUUUGGACCAUCUGCGUGUGAACAGUGUAUAUUUUAUAAGAUUGAUUUUUUAUUUUUUUAUUUUAAAUUGUGUCUGUAUGAGAAGUGACAGAAUAAACAAAAAUCUGUUCUA